AUGCCUUUGCCAGCAACUCCAUCGCCAUUCCGCCUCUCCCGCCGCAACCCAUCCACGCGCCGCAUUGCCGGUCCCCAAUUCGCCCCUACACCGCGGUUCGUGCUAUCUCAGCCUACAACCCAAGAGAAUGUUGAUGAUCUCGACGUGAUAGAUGAUGAAGAGGGGCCAUCAUCAACGCCAAAUGCUACACGCCAACCGCCUGCGUCCCAAAGCGCUUUGCGCUCGCGUCAACUGCGCGACGUGAUCGAGGACUCGGAUGAUACUAAGUUCAUAUCAAGCCAAGGUCUCAGAGGCACGGCUGUGAAUGAGCUUCCAGACGACGCUAUUGAUAGUAGUCCGCCUGAGGAAUCGGAGCCCCCGGGCGUUCUCGAUGCCGAAUUUGACGCGCUCUUUGCGCCGACUCAUGAAAAUAAACGGCGCCGCGUGGAGGGGCAUACGCCCGUACCAUCGAUGAGGCAGGCGGGUUUCGAUCCAACCCCUUUCUCUCCAACAACAGAAAACGAGGCUGCUGAAACUGUCACCAAUGAUACUGAGCCGAACUUCGUCGCAUUGGAAAAUGACGUGCAGAGAACGCCGGCACCAAGUGCUCGCCUAGUCGCACCAGUCAUAUCAACGCCGGCAAGUACACAAACACCUUUUCGUGGUCGUCCCCGGUUCAUGCUUUCGUCAACUGCGAAGCCGCCUAUUAGUCAGUCUGCACCAAGGUUUUCAACAAGCACACAAGAGACAUCGCCGCCUGGGAGACGAAAACCAACGUUCGUUCUACCUCGCUCGCCAUCUCCAAAUCAAGAAGCAGAGGAUAUACCUGCGCCAUUCUCCCCUUCAUCUCGCACCCUCCGUCGACGUGGUCGAAAGCGGGGCGGUGCAUUGAAUUACGCAGUUGGUGGGAUGGCUGCUGAAGUACGGAGCUGGAUUUUAGAAAUGGGCAUGACGCGUGAUUCGUUGCCGAAACCUCAAAUUAUCAAGACUCCCUCUACUCACGACAUCAAUUAUGCUACGGUGUUAGAAAAGUACCUCGUCGCUGUGCGGGUCAGCCAUGCUAGGCACUCUGCGCUUAGCAGCUGCGGCCCAUUCGCUUUUCUGCAAGCGGCAUUGCUUGGUGGUUAUUCUGUGCAAGAAGAAGCUCAGGAUGAAUCUACCAAAAUCAUGAUCAUGGGACCUCCACGAUCCAAACCGCCUCAAUUUGAUAUUUCCCGAGCACUCCAUCUACAAGAAGGGGAUCUUGUCGGUAUUUACAGCGGGCUGACUUGGGAUCUCGAGCUGGGUGCCUACUUGCGCGAUGCAAAACUUUCAGACGGCCCUUCUCCUGCCUCGCAGGGCGAGCCACCGGGAAGUAAUGGUGGUAACAAUGCGAAGGAGCGCUGGCUCGUGGCUAUGGAAUGGGAACUCAUCCAGAUAUCUGAAUGA